AAUUAUUGUUGAGGCUUUACGGAACCUGUUUGUAUGGUGUUCCAAGAAAUGAGUCCCAGAGAAACAAUUUCUUCUUUUCUGCUCUGGUAUUUCAUAGACUGCACUUCAUCCUUACUCUCCUGUGGUGAAUUGUCGAUGGAAACUAUGAAGAUUGUUGCUUCCUGUCCAUCAAAUGAAGAUGAGAAAAACAAGUUAGCUAAGGAUAAAAACUGUGAAAGAUACUGGAAAAUUUUCAAACACAACUGCACUGAGGAUCCUUCGACAUUUCAAUACCACUGCGUUAUCAAUGGUCAUCGAAAUAAAAAAAUUGAAGUAUGCGCCAAAAAAUCGUCGAUCAGUGGUUACUGCACGGAGUUCAGUAUUCUUGGAAGAAAAAUCAAGGGAAAUUAUGGAUACGAUUGCACAAAAUUUAAUCCUCCAUGUAAAAUCAAUUACAACUCAACAGACGCGUAUUUGUAUAAACAAUGUUACAAUUUUAGCAGCGAGCAAGGUAAGGUUGUAGUUGAUGGGGCUGGUCAAUUUGGGGCCCAUAUAAAAAUUGGAGUGCCUGUACAGUUACCUGUGGUGGAGGUGUUCAAUACAGUGUAA